AUGGUCGCACAUGACGCUUCGAAAAUUCGACUCACCGAAACCGGGGAGAUUCACCCUCAAGCCCACACCGAUCUAAAAGAUUUUUAUUUCAAUGAUGUACACUUCGGCACUGCUCCUAGCGGAAUAAGACGCCAACUACUUCAAGUUCCGAUUGAAGACUUCUUCGAUAUGUGCGUGCGCGAAUUGGUCAAUGCGGAAGAUGGUCACGAGGAUAAGAAGAAGGACCGGGACGACCGCCUCUGGUUUAUUAUAAGCUGUGCGACGCAUCCCGAGGCGGACGUCGACGGGACCUUGGGGCCUGAGCUGUGGAAGUACUACGAGUGGACGACUUGGUGGCCCAAAUACGAGCAAUCACCAGUCCAUCGUAGCUCCACGUUUGAAUUGCAGAAGGAGGCAGUCGAAGAAGAAGACACCGUUAUGUGGCCCGGUCUGACAUGGUUUCUCGAGGACGAGAUACGCAUCCAAGAUGGGUACGCCGCGGAAAACAUCGAGCAUGUCAUCAAGCACUUUCUCUGGCUCUUACUGAACACCAUCGACGUUCACCUCGUCGAUCAUCGACUGGGCCUUAGUGAUCGAUAUCCCGACGAAGAGACCGCGAGCGUGCUGCAAGAAGGUUAUGACGUGCUAAAUCGGUCCUCGAAGUUAGUGCUGCGAAAUCCCUUCUCAGACAUCCCCAAGCCUGUGCGUGAGGCCUUGGCGAAGCUCAAUACCAGGGGUAACAUCGAGUACGUCGGAAUGUGCCCUCUACAUGCCCUCUACCAUGCUGUCCCACCGGAGCUCUUGCAUGCAUCCGCGUACAUUUACUUCCUCCAUUGGGCCUUGGCCGAGGUCGAUCAUUUGAAAGCAGAUCCAAAUGGCACCAUACGUGCAAACCUGCUGAAGCUGCACAUGGUAGGUGCACCAGAGGGGACUAGAAGCGAUUGUAGACAUUCCUGGACACGCCCUGCAGGUAUGGGCGACGUGGUUACCGAACAGCUCGAAGCCCACGUGAAUCGCUAUCUCGACGAUGGCCCUGGUGCGGACGUUCCAUUAGAGCCGACCGGACCGCGCAUUGAUCCCGACGGGCUGUGUGAUGUGGUGAGCACGCCAGAAGUAACCGAGCGCUGCCCAAUAUGCCUUGAAGAUUACGCGGACGUUGAUAGCGUCUACUACGGGACGACCGGCUAUGGCUCACCACCACCAUUCGAUACCUCACGGCCCAAGCUGAAGCCAGCAGAGCGAGAGCUGGCAGACUUCACGCUUCUCGAAGCCCUCGACCGCGACGACCGCCCUACCUUCGCCGUCGAAACACGCUCGUCCCUAGGCCACGAUGAAGCCCACACCAUAGAACUCGUGUAUGCGAACACGGCGCUUCAGACCGUUGGCGGGCUUAUGACCAAGAUCACAGGCGACGAGUCGACUAGCUUGUUCGCGCAGAGCUCGGGACCACAACUUGCCUUUCGGAAUUGGAUUCGUGGGCAAGGGAUUGAGGAGGACCUGCAACAACACGGCAAUGCAUACACAUUCGAAGGGCACGUAUGGAAUGCGACAAGUGUGGGGCGCUACAAGAUUGUCAGCGGAGUGCCAACGCGACUGCUGUGGGUCGACGCCGCCCCGGGAGGAAAGAGCCACCGCACCCUCCGACGCGAGCGGAAAACACCUUGGCCUGGGAGCAAGCAUCGCGCGGAUGCACUACCCAUCAAGCCCCAGCUGUCGCUUGCUCAGAUACCGCAAACACCCGAGGCCGACACCAGCUCUUCUGCAGACCGAAGCGCAGCACCGCACGCGUCCUUCGAUUGUACAUCUGAUGUACGCACUUCUACGAGCCCGCACAUCGAGUACUUCCGCAGUGUGGAUUGGGCAAAUACACCCCUGGGUCCAAUGAGUUCAUGGCCUAGUGAUCUGCGUUGCGUAGCGAACACAGUACUCAGUAACAAUGUGCCAGCCGUUAUGUUCUGGGGCGACGAUGUCAUCAUGUUGUACAACGAACCAUAUGUCCAACUCCUUGGCAGCCUCCAUCCUUGCAUGGGCGAAAGUGUCCGCGUCACGGCGCCUGAUCACUGGGUCUCGUUUCAACCUCUGGUAGACUACAUCAAGUCAACUGGCGAAUCAAUAGCCGAGCCUGACAUGCUUCUAUUCAUUGACAGAGACAAGAUCCUUGAAGAGACACACUGGUCUUUUCAAUUCGUCCCGAUAUUGAACACCGACGGCCAAGUGGCAGCCUACUACCAGUCCUUCUACGAAGUUUCCAACCACCGUAUCCUCGAGCGCCGCGUCUCUAGUCUGGUCGCAAUGGGAACCCAGAGUGCGAAUGCCAGAGAUUUCCCGUCAUUUUGGGAGACUACAUUGCGCUCACUGAGCUUGAACGAUAAGGAUGUGCCAUUUGCGUUGUUGUAUGCUGCCGAGCGGCAUGUUAGCGCUCAAAUACCUUCAGUAUCAUCACCCGGUAGCAUUCCUCCGUUAGAAGGCUGCGUUCUCAAGGGUACCAUUGGCGUUUCCGCUGACCAUUCCAUCGCCCCCGCGACCAUCAAUAUCAACGAAGACUCUUACAUCCUCCAGCCGUUCCUAAGUCGCGCCGCCAAGUCCGGGAAAGCGACCGUUGUUCACGUUGAGGACCUUCCCGAUCCAACAAGGGCCUUGCAAGGCAUCGACUGGAAAGGAUAUGGUGACCCUUGUCGAACCUUAGUCAUCUGUCCAAUAAUACCCACCACGGGAAAUCAGGUAGAAGGCUUCCUCAUAAUUGGCAUAAAUCCGCGCCGCCCCUUCGACGAAGAGUACCAGCAAUACCUGCAUGUCAUGGUGCGGUUGCUGGCUACGUCUCUUGCUUCCAUCGUUCUUUUUGAAGACGAAGUCCGACAAAGAGAAAACGCCAUCAUCCAGGCUGCUCAGAUCCAAGAACAUCUGAUGGCGGAAAUACAACUCAAAGAAAGCAAGUUUCAGCGCUUCGCGGAACGAUCCGACGUAGGCAUCUUUAUUAUUGAUCCGGCAGGAACGUACACUUACCGUAAUCAACGAUGGCAUGAUAUAUUUGAGAUCGCAUCCUCUGAUGACAACGCCACCGUGGCAUGGCAUAAAAUCGCGUUCGAAGAGGACAUCUCUUACUGCCAAUCCAUGUUCGCAAAACUAAUCAUGAAUCACGAAUCUGUUAUCUUUGAGCUGCGUACGCGGAUGCCCUGGACGCCGCCGUCACAGUCAGAUGAGCCGCAGACCGAGGAUACCCAGCACUACAAGUGGAUUUUGUGUUCAGCCUUCCCCGAGUUGGGUCCGAACGGCGAUCUUGUUGAGGUCGUCGGGAAUGUUACAGAUAUAUCCAAGCAGAAGUGGGCUGAAGGCAUUCAAAAGAUACGCAUGGACAGCGCACUGCAAGGCAAGCAACACUUAGAACACUUUCUGGACACGACGAGUCAUGAGAUGCGAAACCCUCUCAGCGCCAUCAUGCAAUGCGCGGAUUCGAUCACGUCUUCCUAUCCCCAAGAAGAUUACCAAGAGCGCCAAAACACGACACCAAACGAGUGGACGGCUUUCAUCGAGUCUACCCUAGACGCUGCCCAGACGAUAGGAGUUUGCGCAUCGCACAUGAAGCACAUAGUCGACGAUAUCCUCACCAUCUCCAAACUCGAUUCGGGUCUCUUGGACAUGACACCGGUCAUUGCGCAACCCGAGAGUGUGGUCAUGCAUGCAGUGAAGAUGUUCGACGCAGAAGCAAGAGCAGCAGGUAUCAACCUCGUGUUGAACGUGGAUCAAUCCUAUCGCAACAUGGAGAUCGACUGGGCAUCUUUGGAUCCAACAAGGGUGCUGCAGAUUCUCAUCAACCUCCUCACCAAUGCCAUUAAGUUCACCCGCUUGGAGUCCACCAAGCGUGUAACAGUGACUCUGGCCGCCAGUAGCGCCGAACCCGUCUCAACGCUACAUGGAAUACAGUAUAACGAGGAGAGGCUGGUUGGACAAGACCCCCACUUGGAAGAGGAUUGGAAGAAAGCUCAAGAGUUAUUCUACAUUCAAUUUGCCGUCACUGAUACGGGCCGUGGACUUUCCGACGAAGAAAAAUGCAAUCUCUUCACCCGCUUUUCACAAGCCUCACCUCGGACGCACAUACACUACGGUGGCUCUGGCCUUGGGUUAUUCAUAUCUAGACGUCUCACCGAGUUACAAGGCGGAUCAAUCGGCGUCGCGAGUGAGUCUGGGAGGGGCAGUACGUUUGCCUUCUACAUCAAAUCACGGCGGGCGAGACCUAUCGUAGCUCGAAAAGGCAGUCUUCCGCAUGUUUUCCCAGAAGAGAUCAAGCACAGACGCCCGAUACCGCUGGUAAGCCUAACGCGUCCGUCUCCUCCCGUGCGCAUAUCCACAGGCGAGCAAGGUCAAAGAUCAGACUCUGCCAGUCCAAAAGCACGCCGCCCGUCGGUGCAAUCAAAAUCCUCGCAGACCGAACACUCUCACGUGCGACCGGAAGCGCUAGGACUGCCAGAGGGCCCCGAUCUGCAAGAAUUGAAGCGUACAAAGAGUAUACCAGAUACGCUGCACGUUCUCGUGGUGGAAGACAAUCUCAUCAACCAACGCGUUCUCGCCAAACAACUGCGCAAUCUAGGAUGUGUCGUGAGCGUCGCCAACCACGGUCAAGAAGCCCUUGACUUCCUACCAAAGACCAGUCUGUGGAAACACGAUCAAGCUACUGGCGACGCGAUCGCGCGAGAGGCCCUCCAUAAUGGCGAACUGCCCAUUGAACUCAGCCUCAUCCUCAUGGACUGGGAGAUGCCCAUCAUGAACGGACUCACGGCCGUUGCCGAGAUACGGAAGCUUGAGCAACAGGGCUUGUUGAAGGAACGAGUGCCAAUCAUCGGGGUUACGGCCAAUGUGCGUCAACAGCAGAUCGAGCAAGCGAUGGCUGCGGGAAUGGACGAUGUUGUUGGUAAGCCUUUCAGGGUUGCAGAGUUGCUCGUGCGGAUGAGGGGGAUUGUCGCUGGUAUGGAUCCGGAGGGCCCAAACAGUGCAACCUUGACUGAGGGGUAUGCGAGCUUCGGGUGA